AUGAAGGUGCCUGGCACCCACCGUUCCGAAGAAAGCCAUUUGUCCUUCCGGUACAAGUUCUUCAUCAGAAUAUUCAGCUGUGUUGGCCUGAUCUGUUUGUUUAUCAGUCUUCUCUCUCCGUUCUGGAUUGAGAUCUUCCACAAGAAUUCCGUCACCAACUUGGGCCUCUGGAACAUUUGCACGAAGAGAAGAUGCAGGAAAAUUAGGCUGAACUCAAACACCCUCACUGCCACCAGAAUCUUGAUGUCAAUCAGCACAAUCUUUGGCUUGGUGGCAGCUGCCUGCACAUUGCUGUCCAGCACCACCUUAAGGCUAUCCAAGUUGCCAGCUGUCACCAAUUUAUGCACAGGAAUCAUUUCACUGGUCACCAUGGUGUUGUACGGCACGUCAAUCUCACCCAACAGCACCUUUGACAGCCCAGUCCCUUAUACUACCUCUCAGAAGAUUCUCUCCUGGUCCUUUGUGAUAGGCUGCUUGGCCUGCUUCCUGUUCCUGACAAACGCCAAUGUCUAUGGUGCCCGGACGCUCCUGGUCUUAGCCCUUUUCUGUGGAAUUGUUGGGGCCUCAUUUAUGACAUUCACUUACCGCUACUCCUCCCCUUUCACAAUAUACCGCUACCUGGUUGCUGCAAUGGGAUCUUUGAUUGCAGCUGCCUUGGUGUUCUUAGCUCUGAGCAUUUACACCAUCCGUAUCUCCACGCAUUCCAUCAGCAGAACAGGCAGAAUCACGUACCUGUGGUCUUUUUACAUGGCCUGGACCUCCUGCCCUUGCUUCAUUUUAAGCGGUUUGUUCAGCCUGAUGGCACACCAACGUUUGCUGGUGCACGGAUCCGGCUUCUCAGAUGGAGAAAGCUCCACAAUCACUAUGAGCUCCUCAGAAUGGACCUCGAGCUCGAUGAGCUAUUUGGAUGAUUCAGAAGGGGAAAGAAAGCCCCCCUCCUGGAUGGAACUCAUUGUCCCAGACAGAAACGCACCUUCUAACCCCAUGGCCAACAAACUCUGCAACAACGUGGCCUGCACUCAACUGAGCAGGAGCAGCGGUAUCAUGAGAGCUUCAAGAAUCCUCCUGGCACUCGCUACUGUUACUGGCUUCGUGGCAGCCAUCUCCCUCCUCAUCUCCUGCCAAUGCUUGAGGCGUUGUGGGGGACCUUCCAACAUGCUGGUGUCCUCAGCAGCAAGCUUCACCACAGGUAAGAAAGAGGACUCCCCCUAG